AUGGCAGAUAAUGUAGAACAGUGUCGAGCAGCUUUGAAGAGAUGCCCCCACGGUCAUUCUGAUCGAUCACAGUCUCUCAACAAUCUUGCCAUCUGCCUUCGAGACAGAUUUAUGCAGCAGGGCAUCCCGUCUGACAUUGACGAGUCCAUCGAGCUCCACCGGGCUGCACUAUUCCUUCAUCCCUCCGGUCAUUCUGAUCGGCCAAAGGCAGUCCCGUCCGACCUUGAUGAAUGCAUUGAGCUAAAUCAGGCCGCGCUACUCCUUCGUCCCCUUGGUCAUUUCGAUCGAUCACACUCUCUCAACAAUCUUGCCAAUAGCUUUCAAGCCAGAUUCACUCAUAGGGGCGUCCUGUGUGACCUUGAUAAAUCCAUUGAGCUUCAUCGGGCUGCACUACUCCUUCGUCCACCCGGACAUUCUGAUCGAUCACACACUCUUAACAAUCUUGCCGCCAGCCUCCAAGAUAGAUUCAAUCAGCGGGGUAUCCUGUCUGAUCUUGAUGAGUGCAUCGAGCUAAAUCGGGCUGCACUACUCCUUCGUCCUCCCGGUCAUUCUAGUCGUUCACACAGUCUCAACAAUCUUGCCAACAGCCUCGGGAAUAGAUUCAAUCAGCGGGGCGUCCCGUCCGACCUCGAUGAUUGCAUUGAGCUCCAUCGAACUGCACUACUCCUUCGUCCCCUUAAUCAUCCUGAUCGAUCACACACCCUCAACAAUCUUGCCAACGGCCUCGGGAACAGAUUCAAUCAGCGGGGCGUCCCGUCUGACCUUGAUGAGUGCAUUGAGCUCCACCGAGCUGCACUACUCCUUCGUCCCCUGGGUCAUCCUGAUCGAUCACACUCUCUCCACAAUCUCGCCGUCAGCCUUCAAGAUAGAUUCACUCAGCACGGCGUUCCGUCCGACCUUGAUGAGUGCAUCGAGCUAAAUCGGGUUGCACUGCUCCUUCGUCCCCCCGGCCAUUCUGGUCGAUCACACACUCUCAACAAUCUUGCAAACAGCCUUGGGAACAGAUUCAGUCAGCGAGGCGUCCUGUCUGACCUUGAUGAAUGCAUCGAGCUCCAUCGGGCUGCACUACUCCUUCGUCCGCCUGGUCACCCUAAUCGAUCACACUCUCUCCACAAUCUUGCCAACAGCCUUGGGAAUAUAUUCAAUCAGCGGGGCAUCUCAUCCGACCUUGAUGACCUUGGGAACAGAUUCAGUCAUGGGGGUGUCCUGUCGGACCUUGAUGAGUGCAUCGAGCUCCAUCGAGCUGUACUACUCCUUCGUCCCCUCGGUCAUCCUGAUCGAUCACACUCUCUCCACAAUCUCGCUGUCAGCUUUCGAGACAGAUUCACUCGGCGGGGCAUUCCAUCUGAUAUUGACGAGUCUAUUGAGCUCCACCGAGCCGCACUACUCCUUCGUUCCUCCGGUCAUUCUGAUCGACCAAAGUCUCUCAACAAUCUCGCCAGCAGCCUUCGAGACAGAUUCACGCAGCGGGGCGUCCCAUCUGACCUUGAUGAGUCAAUCGAGUUAGAUCGGGCUGCGCUACUCCUUUGUAGCCCAGAUCAUUCUAAUUGA